UGCAUGUAUGUCGCUGUCAGAUGUCAAUCAAACAUUCAUUCAUUCAGUCUGUUCUGCUGGUUUUCUUGUGAUAGCUUUGGAUUAUCAUCUGAGCUAAUAUUUUAUUUUGGAGUAAUUGGGAGAAUAACUCCUUCAUAUCCUCAAGAUGACUGAAUCUAAAGAAAACAUUUUCCUUUUCGUGCCUAACAUCAUCGGUUUUGGGCGAGUGAUCCUUGCGAUUAUUUCUUUCUAUUUUAUGCCGACGCACUGUAUACUAGCGUGCGUCUGCUACGUGACCUCCGCUUUGCUGGACGCCAUAGAUGGUCAUGCCGCAAGAUACUUUAACCAAAGUACAAAGUUUGGUGCAAUCCUGGACCAGCUGACUGACAGAGCUGGUACCGCCUGCCUAAUGAUGACCCUGGCAACCUUCUACCCACAGUACACAUUCUGGUUCCAAAUCUCCAUGGCUAUUGACAUCACGUGCCACUGGUUGUACCUUCACACCGUCACCUUGCAAGGAAAGGCUUCCCACAAGUUCAUUGAUAUGUCUGAGAACCCCAUAAUGCGUAUCUAUUACACUAACAAGUUGGUGCUCUUCUUCAUGUGUGCGGGCAAUGAGGCGUUCUAUGCAGCUCUCUAUGUGAUGUACUUCUAUUCUGGACCUACAGUUCUGGGUGUUGGCCUGUACAAACUGAUUGCGAUCAUCUCUGCACCAGUCGCUAUUGUUAAGGCUGGAAUUUCAGUCCUACAGGGUGUUGUUGGAGCCAUCAACCUUUCUACUAUUGACAUCAACGAGCGAGCUGCUUUGGCUGCCAAGCAGAAGAACUAAGUACUUUUAGUACAAAUGGUUCAUAAGCAGAAUAUUAAUAUCAUUGUAGAUUAAAAUAAGUUCAAAAGUUUUGUUGAAGAUACUCCUUAUUAAGUAAUGAUGAAGAAGUUGAUAUGUUUUAUGAUGAAAAAAACAGUUACAAAACCUAGUCACGAGUUUAUAUCUCAGUACAACAGAAAUAUUAAUAAUCUGCUUUUGGCUACAUAUUUAUUUGUUAUUAUUUUUCUAACCAAAGCAAUUUUUUUACAAAAUCUGUUUUUGUGGUAGCAUUAUUUAAAAAUCAUGUUGAUUGUAUAUUUUUGGUGUUGGUAUAGGCUUUUUAUGUGUUAGUCACAAUUUUGUGAACUGUAUGUAUGUGCACGACACCAUAUAGGCACCUGACUUUCUUUGUAUGUUCUCACUAUAAGUGAAACACAAACUGGAAUCAAUCAUCAACUAUUUUAAACAUCGCUAAAAUAAAUACUAACUCGUAAGCCAAGAACUACCUUGUGGGUCACAUUGCAGUGUAUGUUCUUUAAGAUCUAAGAUUUUUUAUUAUCUUAAGUGACAAACAAAUCACAAACUCGCUAAACGUGAGGGCUAUUGGCAAAAUUUCGCCUAAAAUGAUUGGGUAAAAGGGAGCAUGGUGUUAAGUAUUUAAUAAAAGAAAAUACUUACUACA